UAGGUCUGAGCCGCCGUGGGGCUGUGGGAAUAAGAUGGCGGGGAAGAAGAAUGUCUUGUCGUCUUUGGCAGUUUACGCAGAGGAUUCAGAGCCCGAGUCUGAUGGCGAAGCUGGUGGCGAAGCUGUGGGCAGUGCAGCUGAAGAGAAAGGUGGAUUGGUAUCUGAUGCCUAUGGUGAGGACGACUUCUCUCGACUAGGGGGUGAUGAAGAUGGAUAUGAAGAAGAGGAAGAUGAGAACAGUAAACAGUCGGAAGAUGACGAUUCAGAGACUGAAAAACCUGAGGCUGAUGACCCAAAGGAUAAUACAGAAGUAGAGAAGCGAGAUCCCCAGGAAUUAGUUGCUUCCUUUUCUGAAAGAGUCCGGAACAUGUCACCUGAUGAAAUCAAGAUCCCACCAGAACCCCCUGGCAGAUGUUCCAAUCAUUUACAAGACAAGAUCCAGAAGCUUUAUGAGCGAAAAAUAAAGGAGGGAAUGGAUAUGAACUACAUCAUCCAAAGGAAGAAAGAAUUUCGGAACCCCAGCAUCUACGAGAAACUGAUCCAGUUCUGUGCCAUUGAUGAACUGGGAACCAACUACCCAAAGGAUAUGUUUGACCCCCAUGGCUGGUCUGAGGACUCCUACUAUGAAGCAUUAGCCAAGGCACAGAAAAUUGAAAUGGACAAACUGGAAAAGGCCAAAAAGGAGCGAACCAAAAUUGAGUUUGUGACGGGCACCAAGAAAGGAACCACAACCAAUGCCACAGCCACCACCACCACGACUGCCAGCACAGCUGUUGCAGAUGCUCAGAAGAGAAAGAGCAAGUGGGACUCGGCCAUCCCGGUGACCACCAUCGCCCAGCCGCCCAUCCUCACCACCACAGCCACGCUGCCGGCCGUCGUCACCGUAACCACCAGCGCCUCUGGCUCCAAGACCACCGUCAUCUCUGCUGUGGGUACCAUUGUGAAGAAGGCCAAGCAGUGACCGAGGGCCGCUCCAGCCUUGGCAGGACUGUGCGCCCAGUGACCAGCCCACUGGGAACACCACUUAUCUAUGUCAGACUGGAUCUGCUCCCCAUGUGCCGCCUGAGCCUCCACCGCGUUCCGGCCAGAAGGACUUUAUAGCAGAGGCCAGGAGCGCAGUGGGUGGCAGCUAGCCACACAGCUCUUGGGGUUUUGCCCAAUUAAAAGUCGUACUUUCUUACAUCCUGGCAUCUCAGGUGCGCUGGCCCCUCCCCCAGUCCGUAGUUGGGCAGUUGGGAAGCUCAAGUGCCCUCCUCGGCCAGGGUGAUUGCCUUGGGAGGAAGUGGAGUGACAAGCCUGCGGCAGUGCUCGGGGGUGACCCGAGAAGUUCCCUGGGAGUGCCGUUUAGCAUGGACAGGCGGAGUCCUGCACAAGGGAUCACCCAUUCCUGCUGUCUGCUUCCUUGACCCCAAAUCCAGAUUUCAGCCAGUUCUCAGGCAAGAGCCGAGGCCUCUCCCCUUGGGGGUUCAGGUGAGCUCUCUGGGACAUGUGCAGGCUUGUGGAAUCGGGCUGCGGUGAGAUCCCCAGCCGCAUAGGGAGGGGGCCAGGUGUGGGGGCCUGGCGGAGGCAGCCAGCAGGAUCCACACAGCAGGGGGAUGAAUCACCGGCUGCGCUGGCCAGGCCGUGGCUCACUGUUUCCGUGAAGGCCCAGCUCCUGGGAGGGCUCCUGCCACCACCCUUCCUCUGUCGUUAUCUCUACCCAGCAGCAGCCCCCGGGCAGCGCCAGUGGCCACUGCCAGCCUGAGAAGCCAGGGGAGACAUUUGCCCCUCAUGCUUUCUGGCAGCUUCCCUUUCCUUUCCAGCGGAAGGACCGGGUGUCAGAGAAGGAAGCCGGGCUGCCAAGAGCCCUCUGCUUCCAUGGGGCCGGUGGCCGCGACAAAGGCAGUCCUGAAUGUGGCUGGUGCCAUUGGUGACCUGAGGAAUAUGACCGCUUCCGCUGCCAAGGUCCCCAAAAUAAAAGUUGAGUCACAGUUA